AUGACACUUUUUUUUUACUAGACAGAGACACUGACACUUUUAUUUGUCAUUAAUUUCAUUACAAAAACAUCAAUUUUUUAAAAUAAUGAAUGUUAUAAGGCUUAAAAACUUUUCCAUUUACACUAUUUGGUCUCGAUAUUAUAUACAAUUUCGAAAUUUGUCUCUAAACAAUGAUUUAAUGAAACAAAACGAAGCCUGUAACACGGAAUCUUCUAAACCUGCGAAAUCCCAUUCGAAACCAACACCAGAAGGAGGUCCAAAAACGUUUAAAAUUUAUCGGUACGAUCCUUGUAAAUCUGGAAAAAAAGGUGGCGAACUUAAGAGUUACACAGUAGACACUUCUAAGAUGAAAGGAAGAAUGAUUUUGGAUGUGUUAUUCCACGUUAAAAACCACAUGGAUAGUUCUUUGUCGUUUCGGAGAUCUUGUAGGGAAGGUAUUUGUGGUUCUUGCGCAAUGAAUAUUGACGGAGUAAACGGUUUAGCGUGUAUUACGCAUAUACCGAAGACUGCUGUAAUUAAAAUAUAUCCAUUACCCCAUAUGUAUAUUAUAAAGGAUUUGGUAACGGAUUUUCAUCAAUUUUACCAGAACUAUGAAUCUGUUAAACCGUACCUAAUAAAAAACGUUAGAGCUAAGUAUGGAGAUCCAUCUUAUAUGCAAAGUAUCAGGGAUAGAAAAAAAUUGGAUAAUCUUUACGAAUGCAUCCUUUGCGGAUGUUGCACACAUUCUUGUCCGUCUUAUUGGUGGAACGGCGAUAAAUAUUUAGGUCCGGCCGCUUUAUUACACGCUUAUAGAUGGAUAAUUGAUUCAAGGGAUGAUGCGUGCAAAGAAAGAUUGGACUGUUUGAGAAAUAAGUGGUCGGUUUUUAGAUGUCAUACUAUUCUGAAUUGUAUGGUUUGUUGUCCAAAGAACUUAAAUCCUGCAAAGGCAAUUGCUGAAAUACGAUUGAUGUUAUCGCCUUUAAAAAAGAAAGAGAAGCCUGAUAUGCAAUGAUAAAAAACAUAAAAAAGAAGAAAUUGUAUGUAUUAA